AUGCGAGGUUUUCACCUGUUCUCAGGUAAAGGUAGUUAAGACAGGCCGUGCCUGCCCCCAUGUAAAUUCCCUCCAAGAGGAGAGUCAAGAAAUAUCAAGGAUGCGUGAAGAUAACGAAACAUAAAGACGUCUUAUUUUGAAAUAUGUGUGAUAUCAACAUGUAUAUCACUGAGUAAAGCCUUUGCAUCGUCAGCAAAAGCUAAAAGCUAAGUGUUCAUGAAUUGUGGGCAGUCAUGGAGGAAAAACAUAAAGUUCUGCUCCAUGUCAAACGCCUGGAGAUUACAAGUGAUCUGCGGUUUAGGGACAUUCGGCGACGCCUGUUGGACAGCGGAAUUCUCAAUGGUGAGAACCUUGAUGAGAUUGAGAAUCAGCAAAGUCGUGAAGACCAAGCUAAAGCCUUGUUAGACAUUCUUCCUACCAGAGGACCGAAUGCAUUUGCAGUGUUUCGAGAUGCUCUGAAGCACCGUUAUCCGCAUUUAGCACUGAUACUGAAGGAUGAAGGCCAGCAGGGACCACCUGAAGCGCCCCGUGUAUUCAUCAUCCACGCAGGAGAAGACAAAGAAUCAGUUGUCCGCCCUUUGGUCGCCACGCUACAACAACAAGGGUUGGCGGAGAAGGACAUAUUUUUCGACGACGUUUCCAUCAAACCAGGCGAAGUCAUUCGGGACAGAAUAAUCUCGACCUUAUCAAGUCAAAGUUUAGAACUUGCUGUCAUUGUUGUCAGUACAUCAUUCCUAAACAAACCCUACUGGCCUAAACUGGAGUACGAAACGUGUCUGAAAAAUAACAAACGGAUAUUCCCGAUUUGGGUCGAUGCUAACGAGGACAACUUCAAGGCGUUUAGUGAGUUAGUCGGGAAAUACUCUCCCACACUGAAACAGAUGAGUGCAAGACGUGUACAGAGAGAUGAUGUUACUGACGAGCUGACAAACAUCGCUGCAGAAGUCGUUCAGCGACUUUCUACAUUAAGAAGUGGCACGCCCCAGCCUGCAGCUAUCCAAACCCUUUUGUACUUGACACCUUCUCCAUCCUCGAGCGAUGCUGGAUCGUCAGAUGAAGAAACCAGUAGCAAAGGCCAAGACACGCAAGCGACAGGCGCCAGUGACGAACAGCAGAUAGAAGAUAAACUCAAGGAUGAAAAGGCAAAGCAGCAGUUAGAACUGAUAAGACAAGUAGGAGAACAUAAUAUAGCACUAUUGAAGAAGGCAGAAGGUCUUCUGUCUAGAGAGAAGAUUGAACAAAAGACAGAGGAAAUGUUAGAUCACCUUUAUCAAUCAAGUUUGCAGAUCCUUAAGGUCAAAAUGGGAUGCGCCAUCAUCCACAUAGUCCCCCAAAGUCUACAUGCUUUGAAAAGAUUUUGGGGUGACUAUAAGACUGGGAAGCUGAGUAGCGGUUUCUCCGACUGUCUUGUCACUGAUGAGAUGCGAACACUUGCCGGCCAAGACUUGGCAAUACGGGUCAUCAUGCUGGAAGAGCAGUACCGACAGUGGUCUGAAUAUUUCAAAGCAGGAGACAUGACAGAGACCGUCCAGGAGUUUCAGAGUCUCACCAUGACACCUGCAGCUUCGCGGACGCCCACUGCUAUGAGCGCUACCACGUGGGAAAGCUAUGCGGAAGAGUAUCUAGCUGCCGACCCUGAACAGCAGGUCAAACUACUGUUAGACAGUGCAUGGAGAGAUCCUGUAGUAGAACUCGUUGUAUUGAUCCCUUUCUUCUGGCCACAUAUUAUCACCUAUUGGUUAGAGAGAAACCAAGCAUUCCCCCGAACCCUCACAGAGCUCUUGCAGUAUUCUCUAUGCAAACAUUUUGCAAUGCAAACUGGUAUUGUUUCAGAACAACAAUGUGCCUCUUUUUCUGAAACAAUAGCUAAAUCCCUGAUAUUGUUAGGAUCAAAAGGGCUGGGCAGCAUUGUGGAAAGAAAUUGCAGAGAGAUAGAUCUUAGUGCAGAUGACAGAGAUAGUCUUGACCGUGAAGUCUUUGGCCUGCUCAAACUGACUGAAACUAAAGGGUACACCUUUGUUAACACGUUCCUACAUGACUACUGUGUAGCACUGUACAUCAAGGAUGCUAUAAACAGAAUGACAGACACGGCUGUACUUAAGCAACUGGUACAGAAUGCAGGCAGGAUGCCACUUGUUUGUUUCUUCGUGAGUGGGCUUUUAAGUGACAGGCAGCUAUCAGAUUUAUCAACCAGUCUCAUGUGGUUCAGUCUGUUCGCCUUUGUGAUCGAAGCAAACUGA